UUUGAGAGGGGGCGUGCCGAGGUAACAAAGAGAUAAUUCAGACCAGGUGUGGAUCGGCAGUGGACGAUAGUUAACUCCUUUACCGAACUAAGUUUUGUUCCAAGUUAUUGUCUGUGUGUUUAUUGCCAACAGAUAAACUGUCAAUCAAGUACUGACGGUGUUGGACAACAGACAGCGAGCUGACCAGGUGAUGGCCAUCAGAUCAGGGCUGUGACCGCACAGCAACAGUUUCAUUAUUAUUAAAGUAGCCCUUUAAAAGCUGCCCAGGGCUUAAACUGAAAGUGUUACCUGUAUAGCUGUUCAAGAAGAAGAUGUGGAUCCUUAUAAUCACCAGUUUGCUGUUUCAAGUCUGCACAUCACAGAUCACUGGCUAUGGAAACACAACAGCUGACUACGGCGGAAAUGCGUACUACAAGUGUGCAGUGGCCAACCUGAAAGGUGUGCUGCAGGUCACAUGGCAGAGACUUUUUAAGGACGAGUCCAUUGAGAAUUUGGCGACCUACAGCAAACGGUUUGGACAGCAAGUAAACGAGCCUUACAAGGGGAAAGUGACUUUCACCGAGGCGUCACUGACUUCAACAUCCAUCACUCUGAAGAAUGUGACGUGGGGAGAUGAAAGUUGUUAUAUCUGCUCUUUUAACGUGUAUCCUGAUGGCUCCAAAAGAAAGCAGACUUGCCUCACGGUGCAAGGGAUAUCCGAGGUGGAAGCAAAAGCACAACCACCCAGUGAAACCGAGGACGACGACAUGGAAGUUGUGUUCAGCUGCUCGGCUACAGGUAAACCAGCACCAGCCAUUCAGUGGGACUUCUCUCCUCCUGCUACCCGCUUAGACAAGCAGCAGACGAGGAAAGAACCAAAUAGUGACCAAACGUUUACCAGCAGCAGCAACAUCACUCUGCUAAUACCUCCAGAGUGGAAGGGACAUGUGGACUGUCUGCUGAACGGUGGACAAAGGAGGAAGAGGAUCUCUUUUUCUUUACCUGCCAAGGAGAAAAAGGGAGAGGAGGGGAAAAAGCUGUCGUCAUCAGGGAUUGCACUUGUGAUCGGUGCUGUGUUGUUCGUUUCCUUCAUGGUUGCUGCUGCUGCAAUGAAGCGAAAAAGGUUAAAGAGUCCCAGAAGAAAUGAAAGUGUUUGACAAACACUGGGAUUUUCACACAGCUUACAUUCAAGCAUGCAAGCAUUACAAGCAUCUGCGUUUCUUGGCGUCCAAACUUUUACAGCUUUGUGUCCAUUUCUAACUGUGGAGAGUUAAGUCACAGGGACGUCGCAGUGGGGGAGAAGAAGGGCAGCAGUUGGUUGGAAACAAGUGGCGCAUUUGCUUUUUUCUUGUAGGCCAUUUCAGAGACUACAGCUAUUAUCACCAUAUCUAUUUGUUUUCACAAUUCUUUCUUUGUGUCAGGUGUUAAAAUCACCCAGAAACAGAAACUUGUGGAUGCAGUGCAAACAACCAUUUUUUUUAUUUCAUACAAUAUUUUUAUACAAUACAAUCUUUAUUAUCGACUGUGUUUUUAAUGUUGUUCAAUAUUUAACGCAAACCUGGGCUAUCAGAAUAUUUGGGCUGUAGUGAUGUCACUUGAAUUUACAAAUAGUUAUGAGACCAUGACAUAAGA